CCCCAGCAGGUGAUCUGUAAAUCUGACAGGCCGUCUUGAAAAAGAUCUGCUCAUGACUCCGACAGAGACGUGUCUGAGGAACCAGCAGGACAGAUUUAGCAGCGGGCGCGGGAACCUUGUGCCAGUCGUGCAGCGGCUGUAACGCGGUGGGAGCGUUACUGUCGUCUUUACUGUUUCUCAGUCCAGUCCAACUUCUCUUAGGGUAAAUAGCACGUAAAAAACAAAAUGGAACCUGAAGAAAAUGAGAGCAACGGCGUAACAGCCAAUGUUGAGUACAAGGGCGCCCAUCAGGCCUUCAGGGAUCGCUGGAAACAGACAGAUGACACCAUGUGUCGCCACAGCAUGUCCUUCCAUCUGCACCACACGCUCAGGAGCGAGUUCUUUGCCAGUUACCUGUACCUGCUGGAGAAGAUCCCUCUGGUGAAGCUCUACCCUCUGACCUGUGAGUUCAUCAAGGGAGAGAAACAGUUCUACUACCGAGCUCAGCAGUUCUAUGAAGACGUGUCUGCGUCGGAGGAAGGCAUGAUGGGAGAUUUUGUGGAGAUAUCCAACCUUGAUCUAGAAGGUUCCCGGCAGUUUCUGAAGAGGUUUGUGGGUCCGGGUAAAGCCGGGACGCACUGUGCCUUAGACUGUGGUUCUGGGAUCGGACGUGUAACCAAAGGCGUCCUCCUUCCUGUGUUUGAGAAACUGGAGAUGGCCGACAUGAUGGAACACUUCCUGCUCCACGCACACGAGGAGUACCUGGGUCAGGACGCGGACCGCAUCGAGACCUACUACUGCUUCAACCUGCAGGAGUUCACCCCGCCAAAAAACAAGUACGACGUCAUCUGGAUGCAGUGGGUGGCAUGUCAUUUAACAGACAAGGAUCUGAUGGACUUCCUGUUUCGCUGUAAGAAGAGCCUCCGUCCAAACGGCGUCAUCAUCAUAAAGGACAAUAUGGCGCGGCAGGGAUGUAAACUGGACCCCAUUGACAGCAGCAUCAGCCGCCACUUGGACAUCAUGAAGACCAUCAUCACCAAGGCUGGCCUGGAGAUCCUGGCUGUGGAGAAACAGGAAGGCUUCCCUGAGAUCAUCAUGCCAGUCUGGAUGAUCGCCAUGACGUAGAGAAAUAAAAAGUUCAGUCCAAAUCUGAAUUCACACGUAAUUCCUGAGCUGCACUGAUUUAAAGUCAAUUCUCCAAAAAUGACAACAUCCCAUUGAGAUGUUUCCCCACGACCUGAGGAGAUAAAUCCUGACUCAGCGGUGAGGACAGCCUGAUGACACCCAGGGUGCUUUUUAUGGAGACAGGAGUGUUUUUUCCUGCUUUGCACUGACAUGAAAUAAAGCUUAAGUGCAACAUGAAACAUCCACAGAAGCAGCGGCUGCAUCUACACAUCUGUGCUGUUAUUUACUGUCCACCACCAGCAGGCUCCGCCAGGUCCUGUACGUCGAUAGCAUCAAACAGAGGAGCCUUAAUUCUCUGUGGGAGGAGGGAGAGGAUUAUUGGAAUAACAUGUGAAUUCAGAUUUACUGCCCACGUCUCCCAGGUCAGAAAUGAAAUGUAAAACACAGAGUGGGUCGUAUCGCUAUCAGAAAUGUGUCCUGUUAGAGACGGGAUUCUAAACGUUUUGGAGUUGGACUCGUGUGGCCCCUGUUCCAAACUCUGUUAGCGUAGCCCACAUGGCAGUGUUGGUCUGGUCCAGUGAUGUGGCACACAAACCCUAACCCUUGACAAACAAACAGUUCAGUAACUAAAAUACCAAUCUGAAUGGGCUGCUGUCUGGACUCUAGACACUGGGCUACAUUUUAGCCACAUUUCAUAAAAACUAAAACAAUGACCAGACACCAAAACACGGCCACUUAGAGAACACAAGUUACAACUAAAUGAAAACUGGUCCCUUGGUUAAACUUUAAAGGUCUUAACUGACCCACAUCUGGUAUCCAAUAUUCCAAAAUGUGGGCCACAUCUCAGCUAAACCUAAAGGUCACCUCUGGUCUUAACAGUGGACUGGACUAGUCCAUUACGAGCCAACAGAGGGCAGGUUUUAGACAGGUUACAUUGAAAUUGUUUUUGACAUCCUAGCUACAGUUUGAACUCUGUGUUCAUCAGACGUUGUUGUUUGUUUCACAUUAGUUUGUAGCUACUGUUACUUUAUGUACAGUAUCAGAGAUGCAGUAAAGAUAGAUAGUGUUGUUGUUCAUGUUGGUCUCAUGUAAAUACGAACUGUUUGUUGUGUUUUAUACCCUUGCCUGUAAUAUUGCAGAUUGAAUUUUUAUAUUAAUAUUUGUCUCAUGUUUAAAUUUAGACCAGGACUGACUGAACCAAACAGUUGGUUCUGUUCUAAACAGCUGUGUGAAAACAACCUGUGUCACCUGAUGUGUUAGUGAAUAUUAAAUGUUCAUUUAAAAAAACCCAAUCCUGCUGGCCAGCAGCAGUACUGCUAUUCAAAGAACAAGACAGUCUCUGGGUCCACGUCUCCAGAAGCAGGGUUUGUCACCAGUCACUGGUUCCUGUCUGGACCUGCUUUGAUUACAGACACUAUUCCAGAGUUGUUUUCUUUGUCUCUGGGUGAAAAUGUCCUAAAAGUCUAAAUUCUACAAACAUGUGGAGGCAUUUUAACCAGGUUCAUAGAUCAUGUCCCUUUCAUCCCAGCGGUCCAAACAAAGACUAAUAGGAUUUUUUGCUGACUAAUGACCGUCAGCGAUCAUAAUCACGACUGUAUAACAACAUAAAUGUGUAACUACAUAAACGCUCACACCCUGAACACUCCUGCAGUCCACGCCCCUGACAGCGACCACACUGCAAUCUUCCACAUAACCGCCUAAGAACACAGGAGAUAAUUGAGAUCCUCUCGGAUCGUUUUGGUAAUUCUCCUAAGUAUUAUUGCAGUUAUUAUUUUUCAGACUAACAGUAGAAGCAGCACAUUGUUUUGGACUAAUGACUUUCAGAUGGGCCCCCGAGGUGGAUGGUGGGGGUUGAUUAUUUCCUGGUUUUGACAGACACUGCCUGCUUUCAUAUCUUCGCUGGCUUCAUUUCAGGCCUGUCAGAUGUUGUCUGCGUAAAACACAUCCAGGAGUCGCCUCAAAUAUUCAGCGUUUGCGUGCACAAGCGCACGACAGGAGCGGUGCGGUGAGUCGUUCCUCGCCGAGCCGUUCAUGAAAGGACAGUUUGUACGUGAGCUGAAAAGCACAAAAUGGUCAGAGUGUUGAAGCCGAGAUGGCGUGAGAGGAUUCCGCAACAUGUUUCUCUCGUCAGUACCACUCUGAGAUGUGAGGAGCCCAAACACAUUUUCCACAUCCUGUUUGCAUUAAAGAUCAAAAUGCCCCAUAGUUUAACUCCGAGGUAUUUUUUUUUCCUCUAGACUCACCCGGCAAAUAGCAGCCAAAUGUGCUGUCACCUUUUCAGGAGUGGUUAGCAUCUCUGAGUGUCAGGCCUAUCAUUUCUAAUACAACUCAACGUCCUCUGUAGCCGCGCGGCAGCAGUUUGAAUAUAUUAGCAGGAGUAACGCUAAUUUGUCCCGUCACAUUAGCAGAGCAGACAUUUGGGCCCGAGUCCAGACGGAGUUUAUCUCCGACAGCUGAUGGAGAUGUGAUGAAGAUGGAGUAGACCAAUGGUGACGCAGUAGACCAAUGAAGACAGAGUAGAGGACUACUGUGACUGUGAGGGUGAGUGAACAGUUGACCUUGAAGUGGUCCACGCUCCUGUGGCGUGCUGCCCAAUCCAGCUGCCCACUCCAAUGGUCACAGACUGCAGCCCCUGUGACCAUUAAGAGUCAACGUGUAGAUGGUGAGUGAAUUAAUAAUGAGACUCAGAGUCGCGACAAUCGUACGCUGUACAUUAGGUUAAAUGUACAAAUGACCUCUGACCCUUUGAACAUUGUACAGUUCAGGA